AACGGCAAGUUUGCUUUCUUCUCUGACUUCUAUUCCACCGACUCGAAUUUUCACAUCCAAUAACUCUCACAAUGGCGGAGGAGCAGCAAGUCGCUCACAUUUUGGUGGACAGUAUUCACCGUGCUGGCGUCAAGACCGUCUUUGGAAUCCCAGGCGCAAAGGUCGAUGCGGUGUUCGACACAUUAUCAGACCACCCCGAGAUCAAGCUCGUAGUCUGCCGGCAUGAGCAAAAUGCGGCUUUCAUGGCGGCGGCCACAGGAAGAAUCACAGGCAUUCCUGGUGUGUGUAUCGCAACGUCCGGGCCUGGAGCUGGCAACUUGACCACGGGACUGGUGACAGCAACUACAGAAGGCGAUCCUGUGGUUGCAAUCGUUGGCUCAGUACCGAGAUUGUUGAACACCAAACACACACAUCAGUCCAUGAAAGCCCUGGAUAUCCUCAAACCCACGUCAAAGUCAGCGACGAAUAUCGACGUGGAGGAUCAAGCGGCAGAGGUCAUUCUGGCAGCCUUUCGAACCGCGCAAAGCAACCCCAAAGGAAGUGCCGUAAUAUCGAUACCCAUGGACGUGGCUGCCGGCAAAUCGAAGAUUACAGCUUUCGACUCCCCCGCGUUCAAAGCACCAUUGUACGGUCCAUCGCCUAUCGAAGCAGUCCGAAAGGUCGCGUCGAUGAUCGACAAUGCGAAGCUGCCCGUUCUAUUCCUCGGACAGCGAGCCUCGAGCCAGAUCGUGGUCGAAGCAGUUCGCGAGUUCCUCAAGCAGCAUCCGAUCGCAGUUGUGGAGACGUUUCAAGCAGCCGGUGCAGUGCCGGAAGACCUCGCCGAUCAGGUCUUUUUCGGACGAGUGGGCUUGUUCCGCAACCAGACCGGCGAUCAAAUACUGGCCAAGUCAGACUGUAUCAUUGCGCUUGGAUACGAUCCCACAGAGUACGAUGCCAACUCGUGGAAUCCGAGUAGCAAACUCAAGGUCGUCCACGUUGACUACACACCCUGCGACUAUGGCGCAUAUUACAACCCUGAAGUCGAGCUUCUCGGAUCUGUGCGAGAAAACAUUCUGGCUCUCAGCCGCGAGGUCAAGCAAGUCAACGAUCCUGCGAAAGACCCGUUCUGCCAAGGUCUGCUGAAGGAGCUCCGAACACGGCAGCACGAAAUCGAAUCGACCACCAGCACCGGGCUAGUCCAUCCUCUCCAGUUCAUCGCAGCCUUGCAAAAGCGAGUCUCGAAAGACACGACAGUCACUUGCGACGUAGGAACAGUCUACAUCUACAUGAUGCGCCAUUUCUAUGCCUACGAACCUCGGAAACUGCUCUGCUCCAACGGCCAACAGACACUCGGCGUUGGCAUGCCAUGGGCCAUCGCUGCCUCCCUCACCCAAGAUCCACCCUGCUCAGCCAAGGUGGUCUCUCUCAGUGGCGAUGGCGGCUUCAUGUUCUCCUCGCAAGAACUCAGCACCGCCGUCCAACAAGGCUGCAACAUCACACACUUCAUCUGGAACGAUGAGGCGUACAAUAUGGUCGAGUUCCAGGAGGAAAUGAAGUACGGCCGAUCCAGUGGGAUCAACCUAGGCGGUGUAGAUUUCGUCAAGUAUGCAGAGAGUUUCGGUGGAAAGGGGUUCAGGAUCAGCGAUUCCUCGCAGAUUGAGGAGGUCAUGGAACAGGCAUUGGCGCAUAAGGGGUUGAGUCUGGUGGAUGUGAAAAUUGAUUACUCGCAUGUCAAGGACCUGGCAGGUAACCUGAUCAAGGAUAGUGUUGGUUGA